AUGGGUCCACCCACAACCAUUAUGGGUCCACCCACCAACCCGCGAAAGAGAAAAGCGCCGACAUUGCGUGCGGAGGAUUGGGAGCCGUACAAAGCUCGAAUCAUAGAGCUCCAUAUUAAGCAGAAACUACCGCUUCGGAAAGUCAAAGAUACCAUUGAGAGUGAACUCGGUUUCAAAGCUGAGCUCCGGCAAUACCGAACCCGUAUCAGUCAGUGGGACAAAGACAAGAAUGUCAAGACACAUGAGAUGAAAGCAAUUGUUCGAAAACGACAGCAAAGAAGGCUCGUCGAGAGCGAGAAAGGGAAACAGACUUUUACGGUUCGAGGCAAAGAGGUGAAGCCACCAAAAAUCGAACGAUGGAUGAAGAAGAACGAUAUCCCGGAGGGGGUCGUGUAUGCCCCGAGUCCUGCUGAAUCCACCCCAUCCGCGGUUAAUUGUCGGACAAUUUCCGAACGAGGUUCCCCGGCUCCGAGUCUCACAUAUUCGGUCGCAAGUCCCAUUUUUCCAAUGCGAGGUGCAUCUAUUGCCCAAAGUCCUGGACCCUUCUCUCCCGCUUCGUCAGUCACGAGCGUCCUUCGAGCUUCAGCCAGCACUUUCACAGGGCAAAGCCCAGCUCCUAUCCAUCGGGUUCUCCUAGACUUGCGUCCAGGUUCUAUGCCAGACCCGGAGGCCUUCCUAUCCCAAAUUGUGUCUUCAGAACCGCAUAUUGUUGGAUCUACCCCACAAAUACGAACAGGACAAGAGGACCCAAAGUCCGUUCAGUACCGAUACAGACAAGCGGAUGAAGAGCUCCUAAAACAAGAGCUCGUUAGGAUGGAAACGCCUCAUGGAGAUGAUCACUCCGAAACUUUGAGCACAUUAUAUGAAUUGAGCGUGGUGCUCAUGGAUCAAGGAAGGUACAGGUCCGCUGAGGAAAUGAUUCGGAGAUUGGUAGAGGCCCGGCAAAACAUCAACGGCAACGACGACGAUGACACGAUGGGGGCCUUGGACCUUCUCGGUGGAGUAUUACGUUAUCAAGGAUCAUAUGCGAAGGCCGAGAAAUUAUACCGACGAACAUUCGAGUUUAGAAAGCAUACACUAGGAUGUGAGCACGCUUCCACGCUGGCUAGCAUGGCCAACCUAGCAACCACGUACUGGGAGCAAGGACGGUUGAAGGAGGCCGAAGAGCUAGAGGUGCAAGUGAUGGAGACGAUGAAGAGGGUGCUCGGGGAAGAGCAUCCAGAUACGCUACACAGCGUGGGUAACCUAGCAGCCACGUACCAGAAGCAAGGACGAUUGAAGGAGGCCGAAGAGCUAGAGGUGCAAGUGCUGGAAAUGAGGAAGAGGGUGCUUGGAAAAGAGCAUCCCCACACGCUGCAAAUCAUGAACGAUCUUGCUUGCACCUGGAAAUCCUAA